CCAGGGCAGCUUACAAGUUAAAGUAUUCAAUAUACAAGAGGGUUGGGGAGAAAACACCUCCUAAUCUGUCACUGUUUGCAAUGAGUCUUGGAACAUUUUAUAUGUGUACAAGUGCCACAUUUUAUCAUAAUAUAUAUUUUACUAUCAGGACUUGGGUGCUUACUCUUGUACUCACUCCUGUAUUUAGUAUUUCCAGCUUAAGCAUGUGGCAUCCAUAACCCUUUAUCCACGUCUAACUAUUUGUCAUUUCCACUCUUUGUAUGUUGCAGGGGACCGGCAAAUGAUCCUAUCCCAUUUUGGCCCUAUUCUCCUGUGCAGCAAGAAGGCUGUGAAAGAUGCAAUCCAAGGAGUGCUCCAUGGCAUCUUGGAGAAACACCACCGAACGGUUCAAGAACAACAGAAAUUGGUGCAAGCGUUGCCCAUCAUGGCAGAGGCCAUAUCCAGCAUAGUUUCAAGCAGCACUGACCGCGAAUUCAGGAGGAAGUGUUUCCAUGGUUUGCAGGUUGCUGAUACCCAGGAGUUCCAGGUAGCUAUCAAGGAGACCUUCAACAAAGUCAUUCUUAAACAAUGGAAGCCCAGCAGGACCUGUGACAUCAGGACGCCGUUGCCCCAAAACAAUGAGGCAGGGUGGCUCAGUGCAGAUGUUGUCUUACACACCACCCAGCAGAAACCAUUGUGUUCCUCUAGUUUUGCAGAAGUGGAAAGAGAGGGAAAAGACAGCUAUGGAAAGGAAGAACUUUUGUGCAACAGAUCAGAGUUUGAGGGACUCACCCAGCUGAAGAAGAGAAGGCCAACGAGUAGAGAGUUCCUUGUGGCCGAUUCAGAAGAGCCAAACGUCACUUCGGAGGUCAGGGAAGAGAGAGAAGGAUUCUCAACACAGCCAGAUACUUCAUGCUUUUCUAACACCAAAAGCCAAGCAAUCUUUGGGAAUGAUGAAACUCUGUGGCAGGACGAGGACUUUUGGAACCAGGAGGUCUCCAACUUGGCUGAGUGGACGUUCUGAAAAAUGCUCUCGAUAUAGGAAGAUUUGUGCCAUUUGGAUGCUCUGUGUAGUAGGUUAAUAAAAAGUAAAUCCCUCACCAGUUCUUUGUAGUACAAAUGUGACUCUAUUGUUUACAACCCUGGUUUUUAAGGGAGUCCCAUAUGCAAUUCUGCCCAUCACUGCAGGCUCAAGACGGGUGAAAUGUCAUACUUAAGCUAAGAUGGAUGCUACCAAACAUUGGAUGCUUAGCUUGUCGUUGUGUACCUUCAAGUUAAGUCCUAGUUAUGGCAAUCUAAGGCAAACCUAUACAGUAAUGGGUUUUUUUUUGGGGAAGAUGCUUCAGAGGGGCCUUACCAUUGCCUUCCCUU